AUGGAUAGUGAUGAUUCUAAUUCAUCGAAUGAUAAUGAAGAAUGUGUAAUGGAAGAGGAUAGAGAAUUUGAAAUGUUAUGUGGAUUAGCUUUGAAAGGGAUAAUACUCGCUCGUAACUUACGUACACCAUGUCACACUUCAGAUCGCACAGGGCACAUGUUUAUUACAGAAGUACUAAAUGGCCAUCCUAGACGUUGUUAUGAGUUGUUUAGACUCAACGUACCGGUUUUUAGACAGUUAUGCUUAGAUCUUACUACAAAUUACGGGUUACAACAAACCCGAAAAGUAUCUAUAGAGGAGUCUGUAGGAAUAUUCUUGAUGACUUUGGCGCAUGGGUGUAGCAAUAGAUUUGUGCAAGAAUUUUUUAAUCAUUCAGGGGAAACGAUUCACAGGCAUUUCCAUACAGUUUUGGAAGCCGUGCUAAAACUGAGUGCCGACAUCAUCAAGCCAGACGCAAACUAUAAUGAUGAUGUUCCCGAAUAUAUAUUAAAUAACCCUCGGUUUGAUGAAGCGUUUAAUAGGGCACAACAAGAAUCCUACAAUCCCGUACGAGGUGAUACCGGUAGUGAUGUUUAUGAAGAAGGUCCAAAGAGCCAACAACUUACUACAAGUGAAACCACAGAUACUAGUACAACACUCUAUUUAGUCAUUCCGGAAUCAUGCUUAGUUGCUGAAAGAGCUGAGGGGUUAAAGAUAAGCUUCAGGGAAGAGGUUGAUGAUGAACUAGAAGGAAAGAAUAAAGAUGCAAAAGUGUUGAUGUAUGUGGAUGUUAUACUUCACUUGAUCGACAAUGAAGACCUUCAGCCUUAUUCAGAAUUAAAAGCCAGAGAGUAUCUUGAUAAACCCGACAUACAUGAGACAAUGGUGAAGGUAUUGAGUGCUUAUCUUCUUAGAGAAUACAGCCACCUUUUGGCAAGACGCCCUAGUUGUAGUCCAAAGGAAAUUUUGAGCCUCAUACAUGAGAAGCUUCCUACUGAAUUAUAUGAAAGUUGCAUUGAUGCUGAAAUACAACAAAGAGCAGUGGCGUAUUUUGCAUUGAGUAGGAAAGGUGAAGCUUUAAUGGAUAUAUUAGCUGAAAUGCCAAAAUUCCGAGAACGCCAGUCUUCGUUGAUUAAAAAAGUGGAAGAUACAGAUGUUAACACAACAACAGGUGUCUACUACUUUAGUGGUGACAGAUCAGCGCCCUUCUAA